AUGGCAUUUUCGUUGACCGGACCUCGUGGAACCUCAAGCAGUAAUAGUGUUGCAGGCGGAAGUGGUAGUGGCCACCGAGGACGAGCGAGUGGCACCUUACCGUUCAAUGGAAGCGGUAACGGGGGCGCAGGUGGUAACUGGGGUGCUGGCGGAGGAUCGGGAGCAGGCUUUGGCUUCGGUCUCGGUCAAUCAGGAGGAAUUGGCGGCCCUGCGAAUGGCUUUAGUGGGGCAGGAGCUCCAGGGAGCAGACGGCAUGAAGAAGAACUCAUCAAUGCUUAUGAAGCGGAGGAAGAGAGGAUCAUCAAUGUGCUUUCAAAGAAGUUGGAACAGUUACGCGAAGACAAGAUAGAACUCGAGAACGCGCUCGAGGCAGAAUCAGAAAGUCAUGUAAAUAAACUCUCCCGCGAGCUUGCAUUGCUACGUAUGGCAAAUCGGGAGCUUCAGGAACAAUUGUCGGCAGAGCGAGCUCGCAGUGUGAAUGUCGGUACGAGCGUGGAUUCUACCGAAGCUAACGGUAGCAGUGACGCAGGCACGCGGCGCACACAAGUCGAUAGCAGCGACACAGAUGCAGCAACAGCGGAUUCAAGUGCAGGCACGAGCGUGCUUGCUUCUGGCCUAAGGAUGCUGGGCAAUGAGGCCAACCCGAAUGUAACCAUGAUGUUGGAUGCGUUGAGGAGAGAGAACGAACAACUCAGGAGUAGACUGGUUGGCACAGAGAGAGAGGAAGAACUAAUAGACUGUCGCGGACGAUUAGGGCUCCCUGUUGACAAUUUGAUUGGGCUGACUCCUGCAGAUCGCGACCCAUUCUCGCACCCGACUCAUCUGCGGUCGAGGUCGGAAUCAGAAUCGUAUUCGAGGCCCAGAUCAUUAUCAUCAUCUUCUUCUUCAUUAUUCUCGCCUUCAGUAUCGGUCAUUCCAUGGGCUACCAGCGGUAGUCGACGAACCGAGACCGGGAGUUUAAACGAUCACUCAAAUAUAAAUUCCAACGCAAGCUCACCAUCAACGUCUAGCUUUAUUCCUGGAGGUGUGGUUGGAGGAAUGGCAAUGUCAUAUAAACCUAGAUUUACUGGUGGCGCAGGGUACGCGCAGACUGACAGUGUCGCUUCUGGGAGCACGCGUACGUAUUCCAAUGUGCGGGCGUCGGGCUCGAAUGCGCAGUCACAGACGCACGGGGUGCCAAUUCCACGACCACCGUCGCAAGUCCCAAGACCCGUGAAGCACACGCACGAGCCGUUUACCGGAAUCAACGGUGACGAUGAAGAUGUAGAUCCUGAACUCGAGGAGCGUAUACGCGGAAGUACGGUGCAAGAGGAAGCUGUACUAUCAACAUCUUCCUCGGCGUCGGGUGAGUCGACGGGGUCUGGAAGGUCUCUGUUGUAUCCGUUUUCGCCUUCAUCAGUAGGCGUAGAGCCAAGCAGCUAUAUGAGUGCAGAAACUGACGUGACAAGCCCGCCGUCAUCCGGGUCGUUUGGGAUGAUUGGAAUGGGGAUGGGACACGGGGCGAACGCGGUGGUGAUGGGAGGAAUAGGCAUGGGCGCAUAUGGAGUGCCUCAACGGGGACUAUCGUAUCCGUCUGUGCCGCCGCCGUCGCUGAGCUCGAGCUUUGGCAGCCCGUCUGUGACGUUCCAUGGGCUGCCGCCACGAGAAGCGUCGUCGAGCCCUGUGGAGCCACUGAGCCGGCGGGGGUCUAUUGGGGGAAGAAGCUUGGGACGAGGCAGCUUCGAUAGAGGAGCGGGGCUCCCUGCUGGUGCCCGAGUAGCGGAGACGGGGACACUGCAGCGGAGUCGGGCAGGGAGCCUGGCAGUGAGCACUCUGCAAGAAAGUGAAGAUGGUGAAAGUUGA